AUGUCCUUCCGAUUUGUGGAAGAUAAGAUUGUUUAUGGUGAAGAAGACGUGCCGAAGUUCGGUGAAUUGCCUUUUGAUCACUAUGUUUUGGAAAAUUGGGAUAUUGCGAGCCCGAAAAGUGAAUCCGAGCAGAAGGCCGACUUGGUGAAGGCUUGGUUAGAAUUAGGCAGCCAAGGCAGACUGAGAUACCACCGCAUGCAAGAGGCAGUAUGGUCCUCGGGGGAGGUUAAACUUCCCGAGGUUCCGACAGGGGUGCCUAAAAAUCUGCAAACUCCCCAACAGCGUGCAGAAACCGGCAACGAAAGCACAUCCGUCAUGUGGGUGCGCACCUGGUAUGGAGACAAGGAUAUAGAGAGGGGUCAGGCCGAUGCGGCAUAUGCAAAGCUCUGCCAACAUGUUGGUGAAGACGACGAGCAGUUUAUCAAGGGAAAUUGGGCUUUCGAAAACGACGAGAGGCUCGCUGAUAAUAUUGUGGCGCCUACUGCGACCGGUGUCACACCGUCGUAUGUCCAGGAGCUUUUUAACCGCUAUCCAGAUGUGCUUGAGGGUGGUGGGGGGUUGAGGGGGAAUGUUGUGGAGUAUAUUGAAAGCGGCCGUAUGGCGGGGAAGCAGCAUUUCAUGAUGAUCAUCGCCGACAAACGAGCCUGUGAGACGGGCGCUGUUCUGCUUCUUGCGAUUGAUGACUUUGGCAAAAUGAUGCCUCAAAGACUUCGAGUCAAGGCUGGCGCGGUUCAUAUUUCCAACAAUAAUUGGAUGGAUGGACAAGGCCUCAACGAGAACUUUCUCGAGGGGGAAGAAGGUGAGCAGGAUUACUUUUUAGGAGAUGAUGCAUGGACCUCUCCAAGCUUCAGAAUCAGACCAGAAAACUGA